AUGCCUGCCGCCCGGAACGAAGCAAGUCCGGCUCCUACCACUAAAUCUGAGGAUAAAACAAGGCCCCCUGUAAGAACAUAUGGAGAAGACAUCUGCCUUGGUCUUCAGACGCAAGAGAUGCCGACGGCAAGCGGAUAUCUCAAUGGACACCCGGUGUCGGUGUUGAGAGAUUCCGGCUGCAGUACUGUGGUCGUCAGGCGUUCGAUGGUGCCGGAAAAGAAUUUCACCGGUAUCAUGCGUACCAUUUACCUUCUGGACGGUUCGUUUAAGCGGCUUCCAGAGGCAAAGGUCUAUGUAGAUUCCCCCUUCUUCCGAGGAAGGACACUGGCACUCUGCAUGGAAAGGCCACUCUAUGAUGUUGUUCUUGGGAACAUCGAUGGGGUGCUCUACCGUACUGGUUUCGAUCCGUCACAUGACCUGUCUGACGUGUCAAAACGGCACAAAGACUGGGCGACAGCAGAGGAGCCUGUUCGACACCAAGGCGUGUGCCCGGAUAGAGCUACCGUGAGUGUUGCGUCAAACCCUGCAACUGUGUCGACUGAGGCAACCAAGCAGGAAACGGAACCGUCUACUGAAGCAAAGGAUGAAGGUGCUGCUGAAAGAGCUGGAGAAGGCCAGGAGGGCAGGAGACGAGCGUCCAUCCGGGCUGAUGGGCGUGUGAGUGAAGGCAGUCUCGGUGGCCGUCGCAAGCGGCGCAAGCCCAGAAAGGAGGCGGAAAGCCACAGCCAAAGUGAGCCCGAGGGCACUGACCGGAAAGGAGGAACUCCAUGUUGGGGUGGGCUCCGUUCUUACCAGCGACGCGUCCCUCGGGACCGUUCAGACACAAGGUCACGUAUCGAUGUUGAUGAAAGCAUCCCCGAGUCACUUCGUUACGUCUCGGCUGAUGACACGUGCAAGUGUUCAUUGCACAUUGGGAACAUGUCAAGCCAGGUGACCAAAGAUGAAGUUCGUGCCCUGUCAGAUGCCAUCCGCAGUGUCCGCUUUGUAAACAGGCACAGUGCAUUCCUGGAUUUUGAGAGCCCAGAAGUGGCUACUGCACAGCUAGAGCUCCUGCGCAGCAAGCAGCUCAAGGGGAAGCCAGUGCAUGUGGAGCCUAGCAGACCACGGAACAGUUCCACAUACAAGCGAGACCGCCUGCUGUAUGUGCGAGGGCUUCCUGGUGACAAAGGCAUGAAUACCCUUGGAUCGCUAUUUCCUGAUGCCUUGCUCAUUGAUCGCCGUGAAGGCAAAGUGCUGCUGAGAUUCAAUGACCAUGAAAGUGCCAUAAGUGCCAUCAAACAAGUUAUUGCUCAUGAUGGGACAGACUACAAGUUCAGCUUUGCUGCUGUUCGUCCUAGAUGGAACCGCCGGUGUCCGCCCCGAACAGUGUGGCGCGAAGGGUAGCGAAAAUGUACAGGGUAGCGAAAAUGUAGGCUCUGACUACGUGAGUCGAAUGUGAAUUACAGCGUGAAGUGUGCCUACUGCAUUUAUUGCGUUUGUGAACACUUCAGGAACUACUACUGCGCGU